AUGGCCAUCCCGCGCUCCUCCUACUACGACAAGCAUUAUCGCCAGUCACCCGCGCUGAUCCGCGCGAGGCAGCCCUACCUGGUCAAGAACAUCUUCACCGGCGCUGCCAUCUUCGGCUUCGCCAUUGGCGUCUACGCCUUCACCAUCCGGGCAGUGGCCCAGGACGAGUUCGAGGACGUCAAGGUCCCCGACAAGCCGACCCAGCCCCCCCAUGCCCCCAACGCAAGCGCCUAA